ACUGGCUGUUAGUCCUGUCAAUCAACAACCUUAGGUGGCGUCAUUAAUGUGCGACCCUGCCUCAUAUGAGUUGAGCAACAGCGUCAACAAAAAUUAAAGGUCGAUGUCCAGGCGGUGGAGUGGGGGCCCCCCUGGGCCGGUGCUGUGUGUGGGGGCUGCGGUGGGGCCACACGGCCUGCUGGCCUCCGGCUCGGAGGGGGGGGCCGUGAGGGUGUGGAGCCAGGAGGGCUCGGUUGUGGGCAGCCUGAGCCUCCCAAGGGAGGAGGACGUCACCAGCGCCGUGUUCUCCCCCACUGGCCUGCUGUACGUAGCGCAUGGGGAGACGGUGAGCGUGCUGGACCCCCGCAGCCUAAAGGGGGCAGUCCAGGAGCUGCGGGAGGCCGGCGAGGAGGAGAUCAACGCACUGGCGCUGGACGAGAGCGGCAGCCUGCUGGCUUUGGCUGACGACACGGGAGCAGUGAGGGUGCUGGAGCUGCCAGGGGGGAGGCUGAACCGGACACUGAGGAGACACACCAACAUCUGCUCCUCCAUCGCCUUCCGCCCUCACAGGCCCAACAACCUGGUGUCUGCUGGGCUGGACAUGCAGGUGAUGCUCUGGAGCCUGCAGAAGACACGCCCCCUGUGGACUGUCAGCCUGCAGGAAGAGGAUGAGCAUCAGCAGAGGGCGGGGGAGCUCCUCAACCCUCCGCUGGCCCACUGUGUCUCCGUGGCGACGUGUGGGAACGUGCUGGCGUGUGCUGCUGAGGACGGGAGGGUGCACCUCCUGCGGGUCGGUGCCGGCUCCAAGCUGGAACAGCAGGGGGCACUGAGGGCCCACAGCCAGGGGGCCUCACAGGCUCACUUCCUACACUGCCUUCCGCACCCCUACUGGCUGGUCACCGGGGGCAAUGACGGCCUGGUAGCACUCUGGGACCUAAGCCAGCACCCUGUGGUGGCCCCGCAGGGCAACGCCCACACACGGCUGCAAGGAGCCCCUCGCAGGAAAGCUAAGGGCAGGGGGAAGGUCAGACUCCAGGCUUCAGCCAAGGCCUUGGUUAAGGCCCAGCAAGGAAGGAAGGAAAAGACUGAGCGGUUGUGGGAUAAAGGGCAGAGGGUAGGAGAGGAGGGGGAGAGGGGGGGUGAAGAGGGGGAUCCUGGUAGCAGCAUUGAGCCCUCACCUGGCCAAGAAGAGGAGCAGAAGGCUGGGCCCAAGGUCAGCUUCCACCAUGGGGACAAGGUGAACUGGAUCUGCCCUGCUCUGCUCAAGGGGGAGCCCAGCCUGGUGGUCGCAGACCAGAGUCCCAGCCUCACUGUCUACUCUCUGGCUGGCCUAUAGCUCCACCUCUGGUUGCAGAACUAGAACAGAUCAAACAACCCUCUCACUAUGCUCUCUGCUUGAUCUGUAUCAUGUAGCCAGAGCAGACUAAACCAUCAGUACUAAGAGGGGUGUUCUCCAGUAAGUGUACACUCACGCAUGACUGUACUAUGUCUGUGUCAAGGGUGUUGCAGAGGACAGUCUUAGAGGACCACUCCAGGUCAGACCAGGGGGGCUGACAAAUAAUUCAGUUAUAUUUUCAAGGUUAGUGUAGCAUGGAUAGUUGGCAUUUAGAUUUCUGUGUGCCUUGGGUGUGCUAGCCAGACUGAUGUGUAUGAUACGAUCAGCUAUAUUCUCCAUUCACAGUCUGCUGCACUGAUUUUAUACGCACAAAUCUAAAACAUUACAUGGAUUUUUGUGGUGCAAGUCUCAAUAAAGUUUCUCUGUGCUGAUG